GCCGCCGCCGCCGCCGUUACCGCCGCGGGGAGCUCCGAGCCUCCCGGGCCGUGCCGGGCGGCUGGGGCAGCAUGUGGGGCUCCCGGGCGGCGGCGGCGGUACCGCGGUGGUGCCGGGCCCUGCGCAGCUCCGCCGCCCUGAGCGGCUCCAGGAACCUGCUGAGGAAAAUGAUGCGUAAAAAAAAGAAGAAGUUUUGGUACGACAGCCCGACCCUGGGGUCUACAAUGAUGUACAAACCAACCAAGUUGGACUCUGUAAUGAAAGUCGAGCAGACAAAAACUAGGAAAGAAGACAGCAUACGCUGCAGGGUCUUGAACGGUCUUAUUCACAAAGCUGUGGCAGAGAUGUUGACCACCUGUGAAGUUAAUCAGGAACUUUAUGAUCUCAAGCUGGAAAUCUGCAAGGUGUCCCUGGCAUCAAACUUUUCAGCGUGUCGUGUGUACUGGAAUCCUGCUGCUACUAUGGAGAAAGAAAGUUAUGUUGAAAGUGUGCUGCGGAAGAGUGCUCCUCGUAUACGGUAUCUUCUGAUGAGUCAGCAGAUUAUAGGAAAUGUACCUCCAAUAGUAUUUGUAAAAGACAAAGAAGCUGCAGCUGUAAAAGAGAUUGAGGAAUUAUUGUCAAGUGCUGAUUUUGGACCUCCAGAAGAAGUAGAAACAUCUCAAAAUGAUUCUAGGUGGGUUUUGUGAUUAAGAAUU